AUAUUUUGAAAGGAUGACAGUGUUUUGCACCUUUAAUAAUGGUCUUAUCAAUUAACUUAUAACGUAAAAAAUACGAUGUAGGAACUAUAAAAGAGGCAGACGUAACGAGGAAUUACCCAUACUGCUGUGGAGCUUCUAAAUGUAAAGUUUUAAAGCAUAAACACGUUACGUUACCAUGGUGAUUGUUGUUAUACACACCUCCCUGAAGGAUGUCGAACUUCCGGAAAAGUUUGAAGAAACAGUGUCCAAGAUGUUAGCGGACCUGAUGGACUUUCCAGUGGAGGUUUACUACUGUAUCGUAAAGACAGCUGAACGGAUAUGGCAUGACGGGAAUUAUGAUCCAUUUGUUUAUGUUAACGUGAUAACAAACAAUAGGUUUAACGAUAAAACGAAUCCUAAAUAUAUAAAUGAUAUAAUGCAGUUCUUCAGGGAUUUCAUGAAGCUACCAAUAAACAGGGUUUUAGCGCAGCUUCAUGAGUGUCCUUUAUCCAGCCUUGGGUGGCAUAGAUUGGCGCCACAUUAUGCAGCUGAAAAAUAUUUUCGGGAUGCUACAAUUCAGCACUAAACAAAUCAGAUUGUGAUUUAACAGUAACGUGGAUUCCAACAGUAUUACGCAUUAUAACCAUGCCAUAGUAUAAUGAAAUAUGACAACGCAUACCUGUUGAAUUCUUUUUAUCAAAUAAAUAUUAAAUGUAA